UUUUUAUUGCAUCCGUUCACUUGCUGUCUGUACCUAUGAUUAGAAUUGUAAUUUUUUUAAGCACCAUCACUUUAAGGCACAAAAGAUACCUAAAUGGAAACAGCAUAUGCAAAAACUGAGAGCUCUCUCAGUGAAGACUGCAUCAGUAAUUGGCAGUAUGGGGAUGUCAAAGCUGGAAGUCAAUUUGCAGCGUCUGCUGUUGCACUGUGAUGAGCUAGCAAGGGAAGACAAGAAAGACUGGAGACUUGAUAAGUAUAUUUUAGCCCUUGAUGAGAUGAUUUCAAGUCUUCAGAAGUUGCCCAACAAACCGAAUAAGGACACCAUGGCUGAAUACGUCAGAAGAGUUGUGUUCUUAAAGGGCAUAGCAGAAACCAAUAAACUGAAUAAUCCCGUGGAAAAAGUUGUCGCUGCACAGUUACUCCCACAUGGCACAGCAACAGCAUCAGAAACAAUAAUUAAAGAAAUACAUCAAAAGACUACCUCUAAAUAUAAUAAAGAAUUGCGAGAACAGCUUUUACAAACAGAAAAAGGAACAGAUAGUGACAUCAGACAGAGAAAGCCAAAAACAUCUGGAAAAGAUUUGGACGAUUUGUUAAAAUUACAUCAUUCAAUGCAGGAGAAAAUUGCCGAAGACAUGAUCAGCUUGGCUCGAAAUUUGAAACAACAAUCCCAGGUUGCCAGUAGCAUUAUUAACAAGGAUAAUGAGGUAUUAAGCAAAUCAUCUACACAAACAGAUAAAAAUAUAACUAGAUUGAAAGCUGAAUCUGAAAGACUACAAGAAUAUAGUCGAAGAGCUUGGAAAUGCUGGCUUUGGCUCAUGGUAGCAGUGGCAGUGAUGAUAUUCUUUGGUAUGUUACUGUUUAUAAGGGUAACAAAGAAAUGAAAAGUGGAAAAUAGAAUCAACAAUGCCGUGGAAAAUUGUAUGUUUUGUAUUUAUAUUUUAUGUUAAAAUACUUUAUAAUAAAGGUUGAUGCUGUUUUCGUUUGUUUACAACGCUUACUAUUAACAAUCACAUCUAAAGCAAUCUUCCUUCUUAUGACAAUAACAGUAAUUCCAGAACAAAAUAGAGCUGACUCAAGUGUGGUACAUACACAAAUUAUCAGGAUACAUUCAAUGGUCUGCAAUAUAGAAUAAUAAGAUAAUCAAAGGAAUAACACCACAGAAACAAAAUAUUAUCCAGUUUUUAACUGCUUUCAAACAAUGGAAAAUGUAAGAUACAAUACUUUCAUUACUCCUACUCACCAAACAGAGAUGAUGUUGAGUUGCAGACAGGGACAACAGAAAAAGUGUGCAAGUAGGGAGGGAGGGGGCGGGGGUGUUCCCUACUUUAGAAGAAGGCCUUUUGGCUGAAAACUUAAUUCUACAAUAGUAUUUUUGUUGUGCCUGCCUGCGACUCAACAUCUUCUUUAAUUGCCUUCAUCUGUUCAAACACAUCUUUCCACACAUUAAUUAUGACUGUGUCAGAAGUGCGUAACACCUGUAAACACACUUUACCACCACGGGGGGGGGGGGUGGGAAAAAAAAAGGCCAAUUGUACACUCCCCACUCUGUAAUGAGAACUCUAUUUUGUAAGAUUUUUUUUCCUUAAUUUUGUUUGUGUGACAUCUCAAAGUUACAACAUACAAUUGUUCUCCUUGUUUUUGCUCAUUUCAUGGGGCUGGCGCAUAUAUCUACUCACCAAUUUUUAGGUAAUAUAACAGUGGCGGUCAAUUUAUUGUGGUGUAGGAACACGAAAGCAUUCACAGGUAAGUGAAUUUGAAUUUAAUAGAAAAGAUGGUACUUAUGAUCUUUGCUACAAAUUAAGUGAAGCAGAACGAGGGAAAAUAAACAAUAAUUCAGAAACAAAAUCUUAAGAUCAUCACCUAGACCCUUUUAUUUGUAGGCACCUUUAGUUGUUGUUUAUUUAAUUUUACAAUUGUAUUGCUACCAAAAAGAGCUAUUUAAUAUAUUAAAACUAUACAUCAUUCUUUGUCAGCUUCAAAUAUACAAAAAUUAUACUUUACAAAAUACUGAUUACUUAAUCAUUUAUAGAAAUACUCUUACAUAUCUUGCCAUUAAUAAAACCUAAAAACGAAACUAGUGUUUAGCUAUUUCAGUUCAUUUCAUAUAAAAUGAUCUAUUCAUAAAGAACUUAACAGAGUAUGAGCGCUCUAUUUUAUGAAGUAUGUGCCAUACAGGUACAAAGUUAUAAUUGGACCAUUAACACAAGCCACAGGCCUGGGCCAGCUGAUGCUUAAGUAGUGUGUUAACUUUAAGCUGGUUUAUCAGCUCCCUAGGCCUGAAUUCGUAGAUGUCAGAAAGCUUUGGCUUCAGCCAAUGUUACCUAACUGGUAAGUUAUGUGAAGUAGCCAUCUCCAUUUUUAGAAACAUUUGUCCUUUAUUGAGAAACACCCCAAAAACUUUUUAAAACUGAAACCCAACUGCUGAUUCCAAGAUGGUUGUGCACAGCAAAUGGCUGUAAUUUUUAUGAUGUUUUCUUAAGAUCAAAAUCUGUAACAACCUUGAAAAUUUUCUUCAUAUCUUUAUCCAUUUCUGAGAUGCAGAUGUUCAAAGGUACCCUAAUGUAUAUUUGAUACAAAAGCAUAGUUUAUAAAUUGAUAUAGCAUGGGAAAAUAUGCUGUUAAGUGUCUUCAUUAUCAUCUGGAAACCCCAUGUUGUAGUACUGAUGCACAUGCAACAUUGUUUUGCACAUAAAAUCUUGCCUGAGGUGUAAAAUUAGAUUUGCAUGGUUUCAGUCGUACAUAACUAAACUAUCUAAAUUUUACUGACCAAUACGUUUCUUUUCUUAUGAGUUACAUGCCCUGCCACAGGAGGGGAAAGAAAGGAACUAGUGGAAAAAUGUUCCUAUCUGAACACAAAAAAUGCGAAUAUGUCCAUUAAUUUAAAAGACUAACUGAAAAAUGGGGUACCAGCUGCCUCAUUCUACCUUACUCGACAUU